AUGAAGGAGAAGCUGGAGGAGAUGAACAGACACAUCUCAGCUUUUUCACGGGGAAACAAAGACAUGGAGGAGAUGAUGAAAGAUAAUGACGUCUGCUUUCUGAAGAAGUUUCCAGUCACAAUGGAAAGACUUCAGAGCUCAGAGCUGGAUCCACAGAUGGCUUCUGGAGCUUUGAUUCAUGUGCCAAGUUACUUGGGCAACCUGCAGUUCAGAGUCUGGGAGAAGAUGCAGGACAUUGUCCAAAACACUCCUGUGAUUCUGGAUCCAAACACUGCAAAUCCAUCUCUUGCUUUGUAUGAUGAUCUGACCGGUGUGAGAUUCAGCGAGAACAAACAGCCGGUUCCUGAUAAUCCAGAGAGAUUUGACCGGUGUCCCUGUGUUAUGGGAUCAGAGGGUUUUAACUCAGGAACACACUGCUGGGAUGUGGAGGUUAAAGAAAGUUCAGCCUGGAGUCUAGGAGUAACUACAGCAUCAAACCAGAGGAAGGGAAGUGAUUUCUUCAAAACUGAUGUCUGGUGUGUGCAUUACGAUCAGUACAAACAGUUUCUAUCAUCUGGUAUCCGUGUCAAACGGAAUCUUGAUCGUGUGAGAGUUAAUCUUGACUAUGACAGAGGAAUGGUGUCAUUCUCUAAUCCUGUAACUAACACACAUAUACAUACAUUCAAAACCACCUUCACUGACACACUCUUUCCAUUCUUCUGGUGUUAUAAUUCUUCCUCUCUGAGGAUCUUACCAUCCAGUUAG